AUGACUAAACUUGAAAUAGGAGUAAAAUAAUGGGCCUUUUUAGUGAUUUCAUAGAAUCCUAUGGAUCAGAUUUACUAAGCUAUUAAAGGUAUGGGAGACAUUUAUCCUAUAUUAAAAAAAAUUGAAUAUUAAUUGUUUCAUGAAUAAUUCAAAGAGAUUAUUUCAGAUAAUUAAUUAGAUUAUGAUUUAGCUGGAUAUUUUCUUUCUCUUGAGUUUUUAAUUAAUUGUUAAACGAUUAGUAAUAUAUUUCUUCACUUUACAAAUGAUAAUUAUUAUCAGUAGCAAUAAAAAAGAUGA